UCCAACCCUAACAUAACAUAAAAGCAUUUCUUUUCACUUCUCCUAAUUCUCCUUCACUUCCUGUGUGGGGCCCUACUUCGCUUUGCUAUAAAGUGUUGCCUUCUCUCCACGCGCCCUCUGCAAAAUCCUCUGUUUCGAUUCAACAACAUCAACAACAACAACAACCUAUAACUGUUACUUGUUUCGUAAUCCUAAUUAACGUAAAAAAAGAAACAAAAGAAUCGAAAAUGUUGCACUGUGCGAACACGUCGGGGAAUCUGGCUGGGGACAUGACAGUGUGGGAAAGACAGAGGGCGAGGAUGAAGUGGCAAGAAGAGCAAGGCUACUUUUCUGCGUUCGACGCGCUUUUCUCUUCUUCUUCUUCUUCAUCUCUUCAUCUUCAAGAUUCCUUCUUGCAUCCUUCUGAUUCCGGUUGUGCGCUUGGUGAAGUGGUGGCUCAGGCUCAGGCUCAACCUCGCUCGAUGAAUAAGCCUUCUGUUCAUGGGUUUGAUGCAAGUUCUUCAAUUUUAAGGACUUUUAGUUGUCCACCCGCUUUGGUGGAGCCCGAGCCCGAGCCCGAGCCCAGGCCCACUGGCUCCUCGAUUGGGAAAGAGAGUUCCAAGAAAAGGAAACCUGAGAAGCUUCACAAUGCUAAGUUUGUUACAGAAAAUGAUAUGAAAGACAAGAGGAUCAAAGUGGGUGCCGACGAUGAACAAUCCAAAAUCACAGGGAGCCCCAAGAGUCAUAGCAACAAGAGAGAAACCUGUGCAGAUACUUCAAAUUCGAAGCAAAAUUCCAAAGCAUCCGAGGUUCAAAAUCAAAAGCCUGAUUACAUUCACGUGCGAGCACGUCGCGGCCAAGCCACCGAUAGCCAUAGCUUAGCUGAAAGAGUUAGAAGGGAAAAAAUUAGCGAGAGAAUGAAGUAUUUGCAAGAUUUAGUACCUGGUUGCAACAAAAUCACGGGAAAAGCGGGAAUGCUUGAUGAAAUCAUCAACUAUGUUCAAUCUCUUCAACGACAGGUUGAGUUUCUGUCAAUGAAAUUAGCUGCGGUGAACCCAAGGCUCGACCUCAGUAUUGAUGAUCUGUUUGAAAAAGAGGUGUUUCCCUGUGCUGCGAAUUUUCCAAACAUUGGAAUGUCAUCAGAUUUGACGAACUCUGGCUAUGUUCAAUUUAAUUCACCACAACAAAUGGUUUCGUAUGGAGGAUUAGACACGGUGAUUAACCCUCCCUACAUGGGGCUAAAAAGGAAUGUAUCGGUGCCUGAAACAUAUCUUCACUCGUCCUCUUUCACACAAUUGCUUCCCUCCUCAACAUGGGAAGGUGAUUUCCAAAACCUUUGCAAUUUGGAUUUUGAUCAAGUGCGAGCCACAUCUUUCCCUUCUCAUUUGUCCUCAGGACUGGUUGAAGCUGGCAAUCAUCUAAAGAUGGAGAUGUAGACUAGAGCUUCUAUUUCCUUCUGCAACUUAUCAAGAUUCUUUUUGUUUUCUUUUCAAGUACAUAGCAUAUAUCAAUUGUUUGUAACUUCUCCAUAAUAUAAAUAAAAUUUAUUACUACCUGUUAACUUCA